GGGCUUCUAAACGACUAGAAAUGUCAAUCUGAGCAAGGGAGUCCCAAUAAUCUGAAGCAAUCUGUAAGGACCUGACCUUAGUCCAUCCAGAUCAAUAGGGAAGUGAGGGUGGAAAGAAGACGAAGAGGAGGCACAAACAAGGGACGCAACCGGGAUCGUUUACUCUGGCUGUUCCCGAGGAAAUAUAGACUUCCCGUGCCUGGCACCUUUUGUUGCUCACAUGUUCACACUGUAAAAGUGGAUACCAAGGCAAGUCCGUUGCUUUGCGAGGCUGCAGAAGACUCUUCCCCCCCGCUUCCUAUCAACAUGUCUUUCCCUCAACUGGGAUAUCAGUACAUCCGACCGAUAUACCCGCCGGAGCGCCAAGGGAUCGCCGGCAGCGCCAGGGCUGGGACGGAGCUGAGUCCGUCCGGCGCACUUUCAAACGUUCUCUCCAGCAUGUACGGAUCUCCUUUCGCCGCUGCGGCGCAGGGCUACGGAGCCUUUCUACCUUACUCCAACGACAUAUCCAUUUUCAAUCAGUUGGGCGCUCAGUAUGAUCUGAAAGACGGCCACGGUGUCCAGCACCCAGGGUUCGCCCCCCCUCACCCUGCUUUUUACCCAUAUGGCCAGUAUCAGUUCGGUGACCCGUCCAGACCCAAAAACGCCACCAGGGAGAGCACCAGCACUCUGAAGGCCUGGCUCAGCGAGCACCGCAAGAACCCCUACCCGACCAAGGGCGAGAAGAUCAUGCUGGCCAUCAUCACCAAGAUGACCCUCACCCAGGUGUCCACCUGGUUCGCCAACGCCAGGAGGAGGCUAAAGAAGGAGAACAAGAUGACCUGGACCCCUCGGAACCGCACCGACGAAGAGGGGAAUGUUUACACCAGCGACCAUGAGGGGGAGGAGGGGGACAAGAGGGAAGACGAGGAAGAGAUUGACUUGGAGAACAUCGACACGGAAAAUAUCGAGAGUAAGGACGACUUGGACGAACAGGACGACCUUCACUCAGACAUUAAACUAGACGGGAGGAGUGACUCUGAGAUUUCGGACGGCUAUGAGGAUUUACAAGGGCCGGAGCAGAGGUUUCUGAAGGCGGUGGGGAAGGAGGCCAAGGAGGCGCAGAGAGGAGGGGAGCUCUUCCACGGCCACCACAUUCACCACCCAUCUUUGGACAUCAAGGCGUCCCAGCCCAGCGUAGAGCAGCUCAAACUCAACCCGGUGUCCGCCAGCUCCCCGCCCUCAGAGAACAACCCGGCCCCGGCCCAGAAACCAAAGAUCUGGUCCCUGGCGGAGACGGCCACGGCCCCGGACAACCCGCGCAAGUCGCCGCAGGUGAACGGCGGCGGGCCGACGGCGGCGGGAGGAGGAGGAGGAGGGGCGGCCACGCAGGCCAUCCUGGGCCCGCACAGACUCAUCUCGUCCUGUCCCGUUGGGAAAAUCCAGAACUGGACGAACCGAGCGUUCUCGGCGCACCAGCUGGCUUUACUGAACUCCAAUCAUUAUCUGGGACUGGCGAACCAGGCCACCGCCACAAGCCUGGCCCUGUACAGCAGCAGGCAAACGGAGGACAAGAGUCAUAGUUCAGACACUUCAGUCACAGGUACAUGUCCCCGGCACUGAGACCCGCAUGUAGAAAAAAAAAAAAAAAACAACAACUCCAGAGACACUAUAGGCCAUUUCCUGUCAUUCAUUUCUUUAAUUUUAGAUUUCCCUUUGCCUUCUUCACCUCAUGGAUAUUUUUUUCUUCUCUGUUAAGGCCACACAGAUGAUCAGUGUUACAGCUUGGAGCAGACAGUGUUUGUGUGAGUGUGUUUGCGUGUGUGUGUGUGAGUGUGUGUGUGUGUGAAAGAGAACUUGUUCUGACAAAAGCCCUGGAUCAUUAUAAUAAAAAAACAAAGGCAUUUAAGAAAAAGAAAAACGUAAAUAAAUGUUGAUUUUAAUGUUGAUUAAAGAAAAAAAAGUUCCCAGUUUUCAUCAUCACUGCGAUUCACAAUGAAAUACACAACGAAAUGCAAGUGUGUGUGUUGUUGUUGGGUUUUUUUUUUUGUUUUUUGUUUAUUUGUCCUUCAAGGCGGAUGAUUUUUCUAACAAAAAGUCAAAGUGGGUUGUGAUAAUAGGCAGUGAAAUUAGCGCAAUUUCAUGUUAAUUUUCUUUCCCGCAGUUGCAGAGAGAUCUAGUGCCUUUGGAUGCAAAGGAAGCGACAGAUCAAACAGACAGAAGGCUGUCUGAUUGUGACAGUUUAGAUUUUUUUUUUAAAAAUAUGUUGAUGCCAUCGCAUUCUUCUUUUUUUUUUUCUUUUGUUCAGUUUUAUUCUAAUGCCAUAUUUAUCCAAAUGAGCUUUGAUUAUGGGAAUUUCAUUGAUCCCAGUGUGUGUGUGCGCGCGUGUAUAUGUGUGUGUGUGCGUGUGUGUGUGUGUGUGUGUGUAGCACCGCUUGUGUUAUUUCGUUAAGGCCUCUCUUUACAGACUUGUUUUGGUCAUGCAAAUGAGCUCAAUGCAAAUUCACUUAAGGCUCGUUAUUUUUUUUAUUUUAUUUUUUUUUGGCAAUUGUCACUUUUAUAAGACUUCAUGUUUUAACUCCUCACGAGGCCGUUAAUACAGUUUAUUCCCUCCUCCCCUUCACUGCAUUUUUUGUAUUCCGCUUUUACUCUGUGUAUUUCGUUUUAAGGCCUCAGGACUGACUUAAAGCAGCAAUGGUUCCCGGCUCCUCUUCUUUUUUUCUUUUUUUUUCUUUUUUCUCCUGUUCAUCUUUUAAUUUGAAAUCAAAUAUGGAAUGUAAAAUAAGAAUAAAACAUCUCUGUAUAGCCUACCUACAUUGUAAGCAUGUCCCGUGUAAAACUGCUAAUCUAAUAAUGUAUGAACCUGUAGUCUGUGAGCUUUUCUCCCCUUUUUCUUUUUGUAAGUUCUGUGAGGAUUUGAUGUUAUAUUUUUUUUUGUAUAUAACGUUAAGAAUAUGUACAUACUUGUGAACCAAAUUGUACAAGAAAGUCUAUAUUUUUGGCUAAUAAAUGAACUGCUGCAACUUAAAGAAGAA